GACGGUGUAUGAGGGAACACCAACGCUCUCUGACAGUCUCCUUUUGGCUCCACAACUGUUCAUAGAAUCGAGAUAUGGCGACUGCUGGCAGUGUGCUGUCUGAGGAGCAGCUUCUUUGCCCCAUCUGUCUGGAUUUAUUCAACCAACCGGUCUCCACUCCUUGUGGGCACAACUUCUGCAGGGAUUGCAUACAAAGUUACUGGCAGUGCGCUAAUCUGUCACAGUGCCCCGUGUGCAAGCAGAAGUUCUACAGGAGGCCUGAGCUCAAAGUUAACACCUUCAUAUCAGAGGUGGCUUCUCACUUCAAGAAGUCGGUGGAAAAGAGAGAGGAAAAUGAAACCAGUACUGAGGGCCAAUCCUCUGGCCAUAAAGGAGAUGUUUCAUGUGAUGUGUGCAUUGGGAAAAGGGUCAAAGCUCUUAAAUCCUGUCUGGACUGUCUUGCCUCAUUCUGUGAGACUCACCUGGAGCCCCAUCAUGUUCUAGGCACCUUCAAGAAACACCACCUGGUCAACCCCAUGAUGAACAUGCAAGACAGAAUGUGUCAGAAGCAUGAGAAACUCCUGGACCGGUUCUGUAACACUGACCAGGCGUACGUGUGCCAGAUCCGCGUUAAGAAAGACCACAAGGCUCAUCACACUGUUCCUAUUGAGGGUGAAAGCAGAAACAAGAGAGCUCAAAUUGGAAGGAUACAUGCAGAGGUGGAAAAAAUGAUCCAUGACCGACUGCAGAAAAUCGGCGAAAUCAAACAAACCACGCAGCUCAGCAGAGGGAACACAGAAAAAGAGAUUGAGGAGAGUUUACAAGUCUUCACCAAACUGCUCCAGUCCAUCCAUAGAGGCAAAGCUGAGGUGGUGGAAGGGAUUGGUGCAAAGCAGAGGCAAGUUGAAAGCAGGGCCAACGGGCUCAUCGUGGAACUGGAACAGGAGGUUGAUGAGCUGAAGCGGAAAAGCACUGAGCUGGAGCAGCUCUCUCACACCGAAGACGACUUCUACCUCCUGCAGAGUUUUCCAGCUUUCUCCACGCUGCCAGCCACCAAAGAUUGGUCUGACGUCAGUGUAGAAAGUGUUGUUUAUGUGGGCGCAGUGAGGAGAGCAGUCAGGAGAGUAGCAUGUCAGCUGGAGGAGACAGUAAAGGCUGAAGUGAAAAGGCUGUGUGAGACAGAAUUUCAGAGGGCUCGGCAGUGUGCUGUGGAUGUGACGCUGGACCCUGAUACCGCUCAUCCCAAACUGGUGCUAUCAGAAAACAAGAAACAGGUCUAUCACGGCAAUGUAGCGCUGAGCCUCCCCGACAACUCAGAGAGGCGUUCCCUCUCCCCAGUGCUAAGUGCUGUGGUGUGGACACUGCUCUCCUGUGGCAUCCUGCUGGCCUUCUGCUUCCUCCUCUUCACACUGCGCUUCAAAAACAACAGGAUAGUGAAGAUGUCCAGUCCCAACCUGAAUGUCCUGACUCUCUUUGGGAGUGUCCUCACCUAUAUCAGUGGCUUCCUAUUUGCUUUUGACGAACGAACACACCCUCAAGGUGGAGCAUCUACAGCUGUACUACAAGCUCGGAUGUGGACUCUUUGUGUCGGCAGUACCCUGGUGUUUGGCCCUAUUUUGGGGAAGACGUGGCGACUGUACAGAGUGUUUACCCAGCGGGUUCCUGACAAGAGAGUGAUCAUCCGAGACAUCCAGCUGAUGGGCAUGGUGUUUCUGUUGAUUGCGGUGGACCUGCUGGUUCUCACUGCCUGGAACCUCACAGACCCCAUCAGGUGUUCACGAUCUGUCAGCGCUGUCAUCAAGGUGGUGGAAAAAGAUGUUUCCUACUCAUUGUCUCAGCUGGACUCCUGCUCGUCUGUAUACUCGGAUCUGUGGGUUAUUAUUAUAGCUGUUCAGAAGGGUUGUCUUCUCCUCUAUGGGACUUACCUGGCUGGGCUGACCAGCAACGUCAGCCACCCUCCAGUCAACCAGUCUCCCACCAUCAUAACAGCUGUCACUUUGGUCACCCUCUCCUCAUCUGUAGCCGUCCCUGUGUCCAUUUUCCUGCAGGCUUGGCCCAACCUGGUCUACAGCACUGUGGCUGGAGCCAUUUUCAUCUGCACACUGGCUACCAACUGCAUGCUGUUUGUGCCUCAGCUGACCCAGUGGCGGCAGUUUGAAGAAGAUCAGAACAACCCGAGUCAGAUGGCCAAGUAUUUCAGCAGCCCCAGCAAGAGCCAGCCCUCUGUGUACAGCCAGGAUGAGAUCUACUACCUGCUGGGGGAGAACAACUCCAUGAAAAAACUCAUUAAUGAGAAGAACGCAGUGAUUGACAGUCUGCAGGAGCAGGUGAACAACGCCAAAGAUAAACUCCUGCGUCUCAUGUCAGCCAGCCAACCACCUGGGGAACAGGAAAUGGACUCUUCCGCCACAAACCUCAACUCCUCCUCCACUCAGACCACAGAGCUACAGUCUGACAGCCCCUCUUCUCCUCUACCUCACAUAGGCACAAAAUCCAGACUCUCACCCCCUCAUCUCUCCCCUCGCCUCACUGCUGCCGCUGUUCCAUCGUCGUCUAAUGCUCUACCGCCUUCUGCCCCUGCUCCGAACUCCACCACCCUCGCUGCUCCCUCCUCUCCUCUCCCUGAUGCGGGUGAAAAUCAGAGGACUGCCUCUGUUGCUGGUCCCAUAGGCAGAGACACAGCUGAAUCUAGAAGAGUGGAGGAUUUCAAACAGCCUGCGUCUCUCCAGUCCCCUGGUUUACUCAGGACAGCAGAAGAGACAGUUGAUUUUGUUACCUCCCUACAAUCCCUCAGCAAUUACAGCGGCCUAACAUCCCCGCUGGGACCCAACGCCAGACUGACUGGUUUUGUCAGCAGCGAGCAGUUGCAGGAGAUUCUCCAAGAACUGAGUGUGGAUGCAGUCAUUGAAACUGCACUCAAAUCUCCCAGUCAGACAGCCAGGACGCCUUCUCAGCUAAAAUUUAUAGAGGCCUCUGCACUUUCCCCGCUCUCCCCGCGGACACCACGCUCCCCUCGCCCACCUGUAGUCUUCAGCUACCCCAGCAUCUCUCCCUAUGCGAUGAGGAAACGUCGACCGCCCUUCCACUCCUCCAGAAGAGGUUUGGCCCCGCCAUGCUUCUACACAGGUUCGGAGGCUGCUGUUUGUGGGAAGACGAGGGAAAACUGUGAAGCCCAGAAUCAAGACAAGCAUCCUGAGGGAGUCACUGUGGACAGCACCCUCCGCCAAGUUCACAACAGCGAUCUUGAGGUGGAGGAAGGGGAGGAGGAUGAGGAGACAGAAGGGCAUGAAGUGAUAAGAAAAUGUCGGAGGUGUGUCAGUAGGUCUCACAGAUGUUCAGUCUCGCCAUGUGCGGAUCAUGGUCACACACCUGACGUGGAAGCGAGUGAUGAUAAUAAGCAGCACCAUAGACGCAUUAGAGACUCCUGUGGGUACUGGGACUCAGACUCUAGCAGCUCAACAGACUACUGUUACUACCACCGUCCCUAUUGUGACUCCUGCCUGCAGCGGGGCUCGCUCCUGUCCUCAGACACUUCUUCUGAUUCCUCGGACAGCGAGUACGAAGGCUACAGCCUCUACCGCUCCCCACACCCUGUGGUGUUCAAAGAAGACAUCAAACCCACUUUUGUAUGAACACACUGCACUUUACAUGUUCAUCCAUUUCCACCACUUGAAUUCAUUCCCCGAGAAACAUUGUAUAAAAUUAGCUUUGAGGAUAAGACGAGGCACAAAGUUCAGCACCUAUAAAGCUAAUGUGCAUCUAUGACUUGACUGAAUCUUUCAAUGUGUUUUGCAUUCUAUACAAAGAAAGUUUAAACUUUCAAUGGGUUGAUAUUCUUGAGCUGUGCACAGUGGGAAGGAGUGGUUUCACUCAUGAGACUGUUAGAUUUGUGAAAACCUUUGUAGCUCAAAAGCACACAGUGUUUAGUUUUUAAUAUUACUUAUGGCAUUAGAUGUAUAUUUUUGCUGUCAGAAGAAAACCCUCACAUUCCAUAAGUCUGAUGUUAAGAAAAAUACAUGCAGUAUAUUUGCAGCUGGCAUUAAUGCAUUCUUUUUUUAAAUUACCGGAUCUAUUUCGAAGGUGUUUCAUGGGCUAAAGGUUAAUGAAGCAUAAUUUAUAAUGCAAGACCCAGAAUGCAAAGUAAAAAGGUUUUCACUCAACAGUAAAAAUGUGCACAACAGCUAUUUUGCAAAUAUUUAUUUUAAUAUUUAUUUGUAGAUGUUUUGAUGUACAGAAUGACUUUCUGUCUCCUUUUUACAUUGUCAUAUACAUUCCUUAAAAUGUUGCUAUGCUGUUUUAUUGUACCAGCUGAUUGUUGCUUUAUAAUUUACCCCUCACAGUCUUUACAGACUAUGUAUAGACUGUGCUUGCUUCCCAUGUACAGCUGGUUUAUGGGACACCACGCCCACGCUGUCAGCAUGGUGCAGACAGGUCUCUGCUUUCACAUUUCUACAUUUAAAUAUGAUGUCAGUAUUAUUGUCCUGACUCAUCAAGAGUAUUUAUUGUUCAACAGUCACAGUUAUCUGGAGUGUGUGUCAUGUAUAAGAGAAAGGGAGACCUGCUGACCCUCAAGCCCUCAUUUGUUUACUUUCAAAAGUACCUCUGCACCACUUCAUGUUCAUUCUGCAUCUUCUGAAGAGGAGCCUCACGGCAUGAACAGCUUAAACAGAAAGUGUAUAAAUCACUGACUUCAUGCAAGAGAGAGCAGAAACCAGACAGUGUUUCUAUGUUGGAAUACCCUAUUGGCUGUAUGUCAGUUAAUUUGUUAUAAUUUGAUUUAAUAUAAAUUAGUUUAACAACAUGUACGUAUAAUAUCAACCGAAAUAUUAAAGCUAUUAAGAAGGCCCCUCUAUAAGACAGUAAUAACUUGCCCACUUUGCCUUGUUGGUUAUCCAGCAUUGACUUGGUGCUAAAUACUAAACCUGACCUUCAUUUGCCUUUUCAUGGUAAAAGCUAAAUCACCCCAGGAUUAAUCAACCAAAAUAGUUAACAAUUAAUCUACGGAGUUUUUCAGGAGUUUUCAUGAUAUUUAUUGAUAUGUAUUUUUAUAUUUCUCUUUCCUGUCUAGCUUGUCUGUCUCACUCCCUCCACUAUCUCCUGUCUGUCUCUCUGCACUUUUUCCUUUCACUAAUGGGAAAGCGUGUUUGCCGGGGGAAGUGUUGCCAUGAAGGGAAUACAGUGUCUUGCAUUACUUCUGCUCUGCUGCCUGUUUUUGCUCUUCAUUCUGCAUAUGAACCAUUGAAGAAGCCUGGGAGAAAUUCCCUUUGAUGUCGAGCAUAACAGAGGACAUACAGACCACACAAAAGACACACUACCAGUUUUGUUGUGCAGGAGGAAAGACUUUCCUGUCAAGCUAAGAUGAGUGGCCUGCACUCUGUUUAAGAUGUGACAUGUUGAGAAAUUGUAGAAUAAAAAUAGCUGUGAAUCAAUCACACACACUCUCACCCCCUCAUCUCUUUCUAAGUCUUUGCAUGCACCACAUUUUUG